UUUCUAGGCUUUUUCGUGUUAUGUUGUGUCUACCUUCGCAUCGCCGCAUGCCUUCUAAUGACCUUCUGCUGACAAAUAAAACCUCCUCGUUUCAUUUUUGGCUAAUAUGAUAUAAAGUCAAGGUAAAAUGUUGGCGGGUAUAAUAGGACGUCACAUCCUUCAUAACUUUGGGGGAACGCAGUGGAGUGGCCUCCUGCAGGUGUCCAGCAAGAUUGCCUGUUUAGGGCAGCGUACCACUUACUGUUCAACACUGUUUACUAGAGGUUUCUAUAGACAGCUGCCCCCAAGACAUGUUGCUGGUUCUGUUCUGGGAGCCCACUCAUUUCACUGGUCUGCACAUAGACUGAAAAAACGUCCUCAAGAAGAGAGUCCACCAAGAGAACUUGAUUUGGUUCGUUAUGACAUGAGAGACCUGAAGAAAGCUCCAAAGCCGGCCCUCUACCUCGGAUUAUCCGGUCUCGUUCCUUUUGUAGCCGCUCCUCUGCUUAUGGCUGCCACAGAGCUGUACCUUCCCGAUGUUGCAUUUGCUCAAGUUGCAUACGGAGCGUCCAUCGUUUCCUUUCUUGGUGGGGUACGCUGGGGUUUUGCCUUGCCUGCCGGGAGCCCAGCAAAACCUGACUGGCUCAAUUUAGCCAACAGCGUGGUUCCCUCUCUGAUUGCAUGGAUGGCACUGCUUUUUUACCGCGACAUCACACAGUCUGCUUUGCUUGUGAUAAUUGGGCUUGGGAUAGCUUUGCAUUAUGACCUGUCCCUCCUGCCCACAUAUCCCAGCUGGUUUAAAGCACUGAGGACCAUUCUCACAUUUGUAGCCUUUCUCUCUUUGGUGGGCACCGUUGUCAUUAAGCAGUGUUAUCCUGAGAAAAAACUCACUAAUAAAUGAGCUAUGUCAAUUCAUUAAUAUGAAAUAAGUAAAAAAGUAUCAUCAUUGAUAACAUUGUAUCGUAUUUUAUGUGUUUAAAGGCUAUUUUAGUUUUAAAUUCUGAUUCCUUUUGCUUUGUUUUAAUAAAAUAUCGGUGUUGUUUUC